CGCAAGCAGUUUCUUGGCUGGGUUUCUUCUCGUUUCCUUUUCAAAAUCUUGCCCUUCCUUCAAGACACAGUGCCGUGUUCAAGGGGCAGGACCUCACAACAAACCUGCGAGGUAGGCUAUCCUCGUCGGAUCUUUAAGUCACCCUUGCCUAAGUCCUACUCUGACCCCCUUCAGCACUGCACCAUCCUGGCUCUCUUGUUAAAAUUGGAUGCUGGGCACUUAUCAGCUGCUGUGGGUCACAUGACUUGGGCAGCAGACUUCAUACGUUAAUCCAGUUCUUAAUUUUAGAGUGAAGGAAGCCACGCCUGGAGCAGGAAUCACAAGACAUCCCCCCCCCCACACACAGAGAGCUUCAAAGAAUCUUGGUUUGGAAGCUUCAGCUAAAACGUUCUUCAGUCCCCAAACUGGCAUCCAAAUGGCUGCUGAGAUGCUAAAUAAGGUCUCUGUUGUUUCUCUUGUCCUGUCUGACUGAGCAUCCAUAUUUGGUGAAUGUGCUUGGCAUGAAAAUGAGGCUGAGGGGGACCUGUUGGCAUCAGUAUCUGUAAGAAAGCCCCCCCAGCCACCCAUUGGGGGGAUUUGGCCAUCCCUAUUCAGAACCCACUCAGGACCUAAGUAUGUGAUGGGUUCUUGGAGCAAUCAACCACUGUCUGGAAUAUGAAUCUAGUCCUCUUCUACCUUUUUCUGAUGAGAAGCUCUUUGUGAAGAUAAUGAGAUGUGGUGAAGAGAAUCUGAGUUAAAUGGCGGACUGUGUGCAGUCUGAUCCAACCUCCAGGGCCUGACUCCUCUGGACCAUCAAGAGCUUCUGUGUGGGCAGAUAGCUGGCGUGGUUCGCUGCAUGGAGGAGAUUUCGGGCUCUCCACCUGGCCUCAUACGGUUGAGGAAGCUAAAGCUCUCUGUGAAAGUGGAUGGAAGCUACAUCUGGGUGCUGGGCUGCACUACUGACCUCCCUGACAUCAGCUGCAUGCGGUUCCUGGAGCAGCUGAUGGGACUCUUCUGCUUCUACAAUGGGCCUGUUCGCCAGGCUUACAUGGAACGUGCCCAGGAGGAGCUGGACCAGGCAUGGGAUCGCUACGUGGAGCACCUGCAGCAAAACACCACUGACCUACACCGGAUCUUCAACUCCCUCUGGGCCUUGGACAAAACCAAAGUGGAGCCUUUGCUCCUGCUGAAAGCGGCUCUCAUCCUGCAGACCUGCCAGCGCACCCUCCAUGUCCGGGCGGGAUGCAUUUCUUACCAGGGGCUGGUUGUCAGCACUCAGCUGCCGCCAGACCUCACUGCCCGAGUUCUGCUGCAGGAGGUGGACGUAGCCUCAGAGGGCGAGGCGGGAAAUGGGGCUGUGCUGCAGACUCAGGAGCCCCCUUUACCUCCAGGGGUCCGGAUCACUCCCGUUUACCUUUUGGAUGAUGAAGCAGCUGCCCUCCGGGACUUCCCUGUGGAGUGGAUGAUCAGGUCCCAGGGAGGCCCAGGCAGCUGCAAAGAUGGCCUGAUUUCUGCUGGAGCAACUGGUGGGUCAGGUGGCACCACUUCGGUAAGGAUGGUCUUGUAUGUCCACCAUGUUCGAGGCUUGGUGCUCUCCCUCCUGGCUGAAGAGCACUUUGCACACACCAAAACCUCUGUUGAGGAUGUGUAUCACAGCAGCCUGGCCUCCCUGAACGGCCUGGAGGUCCACCUGAAGGAGACCCUCCCAAAGGACAGCCUCUCUGCAGCCAAGGUCACCUACGGCUUUGCGCACUAUGACGCCGUGCAGAAGGUUCUGGCCACCAACUUCCUGCCUGCUAAUAGCCCCGCAGACCGUUCCUUCCUGAGGGCAGCCAGCCUGAUCCAUGCCAAUUUCCACCAGCUGCCCACGACUUCAGAAAUAAUGGUCAGGAACGCCUCUACUGCUGUGUACGCGUGUCGGAGUGCUGUCCAGGAGACCUACUUCCAGCAGGUGGCCUCCCCUCUGCGCAACUCAGGAAUGCCCAACCCUCACGACAGCGCCUUUGGCCUGGCCAGCAAGGCGAAGCAGAAGCUGCUCAAGCACGGAGUGAACCUUCUCUAAGACCCAGGAGGCUCCUCCUUGCAUGGGCUGCGAUCCUCCGGGACUUCUUACAGUGUUACCAGAGUCUUUGUUGUUUCGGUUCCAUGAAAUGGGUUGAGGGCUGUCAGGACUUCAGAGCCCCACCGUAUGGCUGGAAGAAGCCCCCCCUUGGCUCAGUUCCAGCUGGGAGAGCACAUGGAUGCCCACCCCCAGCUAACCACUCCAAGGGGCAAGAUAAUAGCUCCCCUGCUUCCCCGGAGAGCUCCUCUGAGGGAAGACGUCCCUCCCAAAAGCGCAUCAUUGGACACUCGUCUAUGGACUUUUGCCUGCCUUUGGAGAGCUAGCUUCCCUAGAAAGAUCUUUUGCUCCUUGCCCUGCUCAUUUUUCCUGUGGAGCUUAGUGGGGUGUAGCUUCAAAACCCUUUUUAUUGGAGGGCUUUUUCUAAACCAGGCCACCAUCCCCUCUCCAAAUUUGAUGCCCUCCAGAUGUUUCUGUCUUUGCUUUCUAUUGAAUGCUGUUUGAUGCUUUAGAUGAGCUCUGAAACCGUGGGGGGAGGCCUGGAGCUUCUCCCCCGGCAACUGACCAGACAUUUUUGUUGCUCUGCAGCUAAGCCUCCUGCCAUGUGCACCCCCCCACCUGCCGGAUGCUCAGUGGCUGCCUUUCAGCCUCCUCCCUGGGGCCUGCCUGGCUCUUGCGCACGGGCACAUCGACUCCUCCGCCAAAGAUGGCCUGCUGCCAAUGGCCGCGCACACUCCCCUCGUGAUGCUGGCCCACCCUCGUCAGGCUGACAGGGCUUGAGGAGACAGGGACAUGGUGCUGAUGGGGACCGGCGGGCCCAUGCAUUCCUCUCCCCCUGCCUUCUGAGGUGGUGGCACCUUUGUACUCCUUCAGGGCAAGUGGGAACAGGUGCACAGCUCUCAGCCAGUUCCGCUUUGCAUCAAGUGCCUGGAUUGUGUCGCAGAUGUUUGUGAAGGAAAAGCGACUGGCUGCCUUCCUUGAGGGGGCGUGUUGAGAAGGUCGGAGCUCCUACCCUCUGCUCUGUAAGUCCCCCAGCACAGCAAUAAAGUUGCCGCCCAGAAAA